GGAAUGGUAAUGGAUACCCACCUUGCGCAUUUGAGUUGAUACGUUGAAGUUGUAGGCAUAUCAUAUAUACACAUUAACUUUGUACGAAUCGUAUUCGCAGUGGUGCCGAGAUCCAUCGUAUCUACCUAACCACCACUACUAAUUGUGUUUUGUGUUUCAGAGUGAUAAUCAAGAAACAUCCAACACAUCGUCCAUUUGCCCAUUUGCUCCUGAACGAUUUGAAAAAGCCUUGAAAGACCAACCACGCCCUGUAGCUGCCCCCUCAACUCCAUCAAAUCAUCAUGCUUGACGAAAACCUCCCCACCUUCUUCUUCAAAGCUUCGACCGAUACCCCUCUCUCCACUCCCAUCUUCCUCCGUCAAGAUGGCUCCGAUCUCCAACCCGAAUACCUCCUCCGCAGACCCGAUACCAAUCUGCCAGCCUCGAAAAAUUGCUACGCCGUCGCCCUCUACGAUUCUUGCAAUCCCGACGUCCUCUACGCCGAAGUCUUGGUCCAGCCAGAAUGGACCCAGCCCACUCUCUCGCAGGCCGAAAUUCGCGCGCAGAAUGGCAUUCCUCCCCCGCCCGUCCCAAUCGUGCCCAACAGCUUCGCUAUCCAAUUAUACAACCCGGAUCAGCAAGUGCUGGUGAAGCAAAUCUCGGGCUCGUGGAACAGUUCGGCGUAUUGGGAAUUCGAGAUGCCUCAAAUUAGCUUUCGCGCCCCGUCGGCUUCGGCGCUCGAUCGAAGCCAGAGUGAUCCUGCAUUCUCGGAUUUUACUCCAAAGGUGGCGUUUAAGUGGAAGAAGGAUGGGAAGUUCUCGAAAGAUUUCUCGUGUUUCCUCUCGGGAAAGACGGCCGAGGGGAAAAAAAAUAAGGAGCCGGAUAUCCCAGUGGCUAUGUUUAAGGGGGGUAAAGAUCUUACUAUUUACCAACCCAAUAUGCAUCGAGUUGAUGUGGAAGAUUUCAAGGGUCUGGAAGUCGUGCUUUUAUUGUCGGCUGCAGUCAUCAAGGAUGUAUUCUUCAAUGCUAGUCGCGAAAUGUUUAAUAUCAGUUCACCCAAUGAAACUCCAGGGGCGUUGCGCAAGCGCAACAAUAGCGGUCCCGUCAUUCGAGAAAAUGGCAGGCCUUCUAUAUCUCCCGUGAUGUCUGGGGGAAUCAUGCCCGGUCUUCCGCCCCGUCGUACUUCGCAUCCGCUUCCGACGGGCCCCUCUCCACCACCUACAGUAAAUGCGCGUACGCAGUGGGAGAUUGACGCCGAAACCGCGCGUCUAAAAGCGUUGGUUGAAGCUGAGGAGCGGGAACGUCAACGCAUGGAAUUAUUGGAAGAGAAGCGGAUCAAGAAAAUGUUGGAGGAUGAAGAAAAGGAACAGCGGAGGAGAGAUGCCGAGGUUGCAAAGGAGACGGAACGAUUGAGGAGACAGUAUGGCGUUGUGUCUGUGAAUGGAGAUGCGAGUGCGGGUCAGGGUCCGAGAGUUCAAUUUGCGCCGCAGCAGAUGCCGCCGCAGAGACCGACGAUUACAACGCCUUAUAGUGCGCCCAUGCCCGCGAGACCGAUGAGUACGGGGCCCGGUCCGGCGGGCUAUGCGGUCGGGAAUGGAUGGGCUGGGCCGAGUGGUGCUUCGUCGUCGUCGUCGUCGUCGCAGGCGAGACCGCAAGCCCAGAUUAAUAGUCCUUAUUUGCAAGCGCCGGGUAGUGGGACGGCUAGCUCGAGUGGAUUUUUUGGGGGCAAGAAGAUGACGAAGAUGCAGAAGAAGAGAAGUGUUUUCUUUUAGGCGUGAGGUCUGAGGUGUGAUUGUGGGUUUUUGAUAGAGGAGAGUUGCAUGGUGCAUGGUGUGUAUGUGGAUUGGAGUGGGAUGGAGGGGUGAAGAGAUAAAAUUGUGACUUAUUUUGUUGUUGUCGUCGUUGAGAUACCUAGCAUAUAUUUAUGGAGUUGGGGGAAAAGGGUCUAGAUUACUUUUAUCGGGGGGAUAUGAUAUGCCAUGUCUCGUUAUCAGGUACUUGUUGCGUUACUUUCCAUCCUUGCAGUUGAGUUUUGCAUUUUCAAACGUUUUUUUUUUUCUUCUUCUUUACAUGCUUGUGUGUAUGUACGCAUGGAUUGAUGGAUUGAUGGAUUGAUCGAUAUGUCUUUCUUUUUACUUUUAUUUUGUCUUUGGAGAAUAUUUAUAGAUGUAGAUACAGGUGGGUGGAUGAGGGGGGAGAAGGGAGAAGGGAUGGGGGGGUUGGUGAUAGAUAGCUAGCGUAAAUAUAUGAAUACAUGAAGUUAUGACUAUCUA